ACUGGGGACAACUCAAGAUUAUUUCUUCAACUUUGUAUAAAAGUUUUAGUUUUUCAGUGAAAUUUUACAUUUCUUUUUAAAAUUUUCGACAAAAUGUCAGAAUAUUGGCUUAUAUCAGUCCCUGGUGACACUAAGGAGGGCCAUUCUUCUUGGGAAACCUUAAAAUCACAGACUGGUGGGCUGUCGAAUAUUUGGAAAUUUCACAUCCCUGCAGAUCUGAAGGUUUGGACGUUUUAAUGUGACAAGUCACAAGACUUGGCGAAUUGUUUUUAUUAAAGUAGCAUUCAGUCUUUUCUAGAUGCGCAAAAUUGCAUAUUUACUAGAUUAAAAAGAGAAGCGUAUGAAAAAUAUGUAUUAUAUAAAUACUGUAGCAAUUUAUGACAUUUAAAUGACAUUAUUGUAACUUUAAUUUAUUUAGCAUUUAUGAUGCAUGCAAUUUUUUCCUCAUACAACUGACCACUCCAGAUUAUAAAGUUUGGUCUGCGUGGGAACCCAGAAAUUUGACCCGAAUGUUUGUCCGCACAUUUUCGAGAAAAUCCCAAAAAAUCUGCAUGUUUUUGAUAAAAUUAAUGUAUUUAUUUAAACUUGUGAGCUGAGAGGGAGCUUCGUUCACAAGGACACAAUUUAGUACCAUGAAUGACUGCCUAGAUAUGCAUACAAUGCAGCGAUUCUCUAACGUUCUGCCUUUAUUUCCGCACAACUGUCAUGCGCCACAAACAUAUUCCCCAAACUUCACAGUCUAGAACACUCUGACAAUAUGAUCGUUUGAAUCCAAGGAUGAUUGGAUGAGCAGUCUCAUAGAAAAAUCUUGCCUAUUGUCACAUAAAAUAUUCCAUGUUUGUAAUAAAAAAUUGAAUGUUUCAAUAGACCUUACCAUUCACUUUUGCCUUGUUACAUGUGGUUGUUUCAUGUUCACCAUGACAGACACACAUGGGCAAGUGUGUUAUAACCAAGAAGGUCAAUCAAUUUUGAUCUAGGCAAGAAGAACAAAAUCCAUCACCACAGCUAGAAAGAGCGUGUUAAAAUUAGUAAAAUAGCAGAGUUUGGCCACAAAUUGUUGUAAAAUGCGGAAAAUAAAUCCCUGCAAAAUUUGUAUUAAAUAUUUGUAAUCUGUGCGUAAUACAAUACAAAAUUUUCAAAUUUCGCAGGGCUAUAUUUUCCUCAUUUUACAACAUUUCGCGGCCAUUUCGCAACUUUACUAAUUUUAACAUGCUCUUUCUAGCUGUGGUGAUGGAUUUUGUUCUUCUUGCCUAGAUCAAAAGUUAGCCUAUAGCUGGAUCCAUUAUCUGAAUCUACUCUGUGUGACGCCAGACAAUUUUACUCAUCAAGGGGAGAGUCUGGCACUCAAUGGAUUAAUUUACUUUGUUUUCAAAAGGUUGGAACAUUGGACACAUUGAUCGGUUUAUCCGAUGAGUUGCAGAAACUGGACCUUUUUGUAGAAGGGUGAGACUAAUAUAUCAUCUAAAACCUAUCUAGUAGUUACAACUUCAUUGGUUUAAUUUCCUUUUCCCAACUGCAAAAUUUUAUUCAAUGUUCAGAAUUACAAAGAAAGUUGCACACUACAUGGCCGAAAUUGCUGCCGAAAGUGAAGUAAGUUCUCGCUGAUUUUGGAGUUCAUUGAACAGAAUCCAAACUACCUACCAAUGCAUUUUAAUGUGUUUAAUGCAACACCUGGCAGGGGAGAGACUAAUUAAUGGGUUAAUUUUUUUUCUUUCUAGAAUGGAACUCAACCUAAACUAAAGGCAAAUGGAUGUAUGGGAACAUUUUUGCAACCUUUAUUUUCUAAUAUUUAGAGUUCAUAUAAAUCAUACUUCUUUGAAUGUGCAAUAUUGUCUUCACAUAUUUGAAUUCCAAUUUCUGUAAAUCUUCAGUUGAUAGACUUAUGAUGUUAUCUUUAGGUGAACUGAAUCAAUAUGUAACAAAUUUUCAGUGGGAUGUUGCUAAGUAUCCAUUAAUCAAACAGACCACGCUAAGAAAUCUUGCUGAAAUCAUUGGCAAGGUAUCGACCUUUAUACUUCGUUUACAUGCUUUCAUUCACCCAGUAUUUCUAUUGUUUUCUGUUUUGACUGUCAACUCUCGCAUAACUCUUCCCAACAUUGACAUUCUUUACAGCAAGUCACUCAAAUUGACAAUGACCUCAAGGCAAAAGCAACAGCUUACAACAGUGUGAAAACAAGUCUCGCAAGCUUGGAACGAAAAGCGACGUAAGUCUUGUACAGGCCUAAGAUAAUAACUACUAAAUGCUGAUAUGAAUUACAUGAAAUUGAUAACUGAAAUGUAUACAUGUAUUUCUCGGCUCAAAUAUUUUCUCUAUGGAUAGGGGACCUCUACUUACGCGAAAUCUUGGCGAGCUCGUCAAGAAAGAGAACUUCAUACUAGAUUCAGAAUAUCUGACAACUUUAUUAGUUAUUGUUCCAUGGUAAGUUAAUUAGAUCUUUAGGAUUUGGGGCAUCUCAUUCGAUAUAACGAAUUGUUGAAGGGAAUUGUAAAUGUGUAGAAUUUUUAUACAUUUAUUAGAUUUAGCCAGGAGCAGUUGCAAAAAAUGCAACUAUAAACACUCUGGCAGGAAUCGAAUGUGCGAUUACGGUGCAGCACUAUAACCAACUGAGCUACAAGGACAGAUAGUGUAUAUGACAUGAAAUUUCUUAUUUUCUUAAAGGGGAAGUCAAGUCGGUAAUGUAAACAAACGGUUUGUUUACAUUUUGAACUGCUGUAUUUUUAAAAAUAUGAUGUACUGUCUGAAUAUCUAACACUAUUUUGGUUCGCUAUGCUUCUAAAUGAAUAUGAAAUAGAGUUUAUGUUCAGAAAAAUUCGAAACAUUCGAAAUUUGGGCAAUUUUCACAUUAGAGGUCCUCACAUUGUUAUGAGCAGAACCGAUGCGCAGAACGGACUUGACUUCCCCUUUAAAUGAAAGAACUCUUUAAGUUGUAGUGUAGCUUAUUUUUCAGUUUCUUGUUUUUAUGGUUUGUUCCCAAGAUGUUUCAAUUUGUUUGAUAUGUAAAUGAGUGUGAAUAUGUCCACUAAUUUAAUUUAUGACGUCACACUGGUUAUAAAUGUAUUAAUUAACUCUAAAAAACUGUUGAUAUCAGUUCACAUUUUUCUGUCACAUUUACCAGUGAGUGAAGUUUGAAAUUAUCAUCUUGGACGAUAGCAGUGAUAUUCAAGCAUUUUGAAGAGCUUGCAACCAACAUGACAUCAUAAAUUAGAAGACAUAUUCACAUCAUUUACAUAUCAAACAAAUUGGAAUAUCUCGGGAACAAAUCAUAAAAACAAGAAACUGAAAAAUAAGGAUGCAUUUUAAUAAGUUACACUUAUAUAUUCUUAGUAAUCUUGAAGAAGAUUGGAAGAAACAAUAUUGGAAACUUUGUGACAUGGUCGUUCCAAAUUCGAGCGAGAGACUCUUCACUGAUGGAGACUACUCGCUCUUCAAUGUCUGUCUCUUCCAAAAAGUUGUGGACGAGUUCAAACUUCACGCGAGGGAAAAUAAGUUUGUAGUUCGAGAAUUUGUUUAUAAUGAAGAAGCAUUGGCUGCUGGCAAAAAUGAAUUGAAUAAAUUGGAAUCUGAUAAGAAAAAACAGCUGGUUAGAUAUUAAGAUGCUAAUUAGUUAAUUAAGAUGCUAAUUAGUUAAUUAAGAUGCUAAUUAGUUCAUUAAGAUGCUAAUUAACUCAUUAAAAUGCUAAUUAGUUAAUUUAAGAUGCUAAUUAAAUAAGAUGCUAAUUAGUUCAUUAAGAUGCUAAUUAAUUCAUUAAAAUGCUAAUUAGUAAUUAAGAUGCCAAUUAAGAUGCUAAUUAAUUAAAAUGCUAAUUAAUUCAUUAAAAUGCUAAUUAGUUAAUUAAGAUUCUAAUUAAUUAAGAUGCUAAUUAGUUAAUUAAGAUGCUAAUUAACUCAUUAAAAUGCUAAUUAGUUACUUAAGAUGCUAAUUAAUUAAGAUGCUAAUUAGUUAAUCAGCAUCUUAACCAGUAACUCUGGGUUCACAAAGGUAGCUCCAAUUAAUGUCUUCAUUAUUAUUCCAGGGUCCACUGAAACUAUGGCUCCAUGUUAAUUUUGGUGAGGCCUUUAGUGCCUGGAUACAUGUUAUGGUAAGAUCAGACUUUACUAUCCAUUACUGCCAAUUUCUCCAUAUCUUCGUCUGUUAUUAACUGCCUAGUCUUCUGCCUCCAAGUCUAAUGUUAUUGCGUUUCCUAUUAUAGGCCUUACGACUUUUUGUAGAGUCUGUACUACGAUAUGGUCUUCCAGUGAAUUUCCAUGCUAUGAUUUUAGACGUGAGUUAUAUGUUAUCCUAUUUGGCGGUUGCUUAAUCGGUUGUUUGGUCAUCUAGAUAAUGUAUUUAAUUUUUCAAAAUCCGUUUUCCAGCCUUCCAAGAAAAUGCAGAAGAAAUUACGAGAUCUCCUCUAUGGUUUAUAUUCUCAUUUGGAUAAUAAUCAAAUAUUAAGUGAUUCUAAAGCAGAGGUAAGAAUGAGCUUUGCUCAUAUGAGCAUACUGUUUUUGGUACAGUAUAUACCGGGUCCCAAAAGAAACUGGACACUACAGUAUUUGAUUUCAUGUAACGUAAAAGCUAUAAAAGCUAUCGCAAUGAAAUAAAAAUCGUUGCAUUCAGAAAGGACUAACUUAGAUCUUGAUAUAUAGCACUUGAAUUUACAUGCAAUAUUGAGCGAGAUACAACCAAAAUAAAAAUAUUUAUUUAUUUAACAAGUAUGACUAUUGACUACAUCCGUAAUUAUACCAGUAAGAUUGUUUUAUGCUAAUUUUGGCAUUUUCAAAAACAGUAGUUCAACGUUCAAACGUCAAUAGUGCAGUCAAUAUUGCAUGUAAAUUCAAGUGCUAUAUAUCAAAAUCUAAGUUAGUCCUUUCUGAAUGCAACGAUCUUUAUUUCAUUGCGAUAGCUUUUACGUCAUAUGAAAUCAAAGAGUGUCCAGUGUUUGGGGGGGGGGGGGCUCCCGGUAUAUGAGCAUGCUCAUGAGUAUAAAUCCAUACGCCAUUAACUAUUUCUAAACUUCGUUCUUACAGCAAGUUGAUAUACCCGGACUAACACUUGGUCCUAAAGAAUACUAUCCCUAUGUCUGGUUUCAACUGAAAAUCAAUAUAUUCGAAAGGUGAAAUCUAUCAUGGCGGAAAUGAAGAAGUAAAAGAUUUUACCUGUCGUUUCAUUCGCACGGUCUUGCAUCAUAGUAGAUUAUAUAGUUCUAAAGACUGGCUGCUGUAUGGAAACAGAUCUUAUUCACUGAGAGCUGCUUUUGCAAGAGGACUAAACGAAUACACAUAACGAAUGAUUUGGAACAUUUAUUUUAGGACUCUGAUACUAAAUGUGAGCAUGUGUCCUUGACAAGUUUACCUUCUCGUAUGUGCGGUCGACAUUCAACAAUGGGCAAUUCCAUCUAGGCAAGAAGAACAAAAUCCAUCACCACAGCUAGAAAGAGCAUGUUAAAAUGAGUAAAAUUGCAAAGUUUGGUUGCGAAAUGUUGUAAAAUGAGGAAAAUAUAGCCCUACGAAAUUUGCAAAUUUUGUAUUAAUUUGUAUUACGCGCAGGAAAAUGCACCACAUUUUGGCCGAAAGUGGUGCAAAUUCCCGUGCGUAAUACAAAUUAAUACAAAAUUUUGCAAAUUUCGUAGGGCUAUAUUUUCCUCAUUUUACAACAUUUCGCAACCAAACUUUGCCAUUUUACUAAUUUCUAGCUGUGGCGAUGGAUUUUGUUCUUCUGGCCUAGAUUUUAGUCUAUAUAUAGCUGGAAUCAUUCAUUAGUUUUUCUUGAUAAGUUUUGCUGCUCGUUGUUUGUUAAACAUUUAUCUCACGUCAAGGCCACCUUUUGUUUGCCAGAACCAUAGAAGUAUUUCUUGUACAUUUGUCAAAUUUUCCUUGACAGCCGUACACACAACAAAUUUUCCUUGACAGCCGUACACACGAACAAAUUUUCCUUGUCCAAAAACUGGCAAGACUAGCUUUUGGAACAAGAUUCCUUGGCAAAGAAACAUUGACACUUUUUUGCCGCACACACGAGCAAAUGAAACCUAUCAAGGAAAAAUUGCCACUUUGCCAGUCAGCAUGUACUGGGUUUCAUUCUACAAAUAUACACAACUCUAUCACCUGUUAAUUUUAUUACCCAUAGGUCCGAUCUUUAGGUAUUUAGAAUUUUAAAUUCUGGAAGAUAAAGAGUACAGAAUUUGUUAUAUGAUGGAAUUUUACUGCAAUUUGCAAGUUGCAUUACAAAAAUAUGUUUCGUAGAAAAGUACUCUGAGUUUUGCUCCUUUGACUUUGUAGAAAGGUACAUUGAGUUUGGCUCCUCCGAUAUUUUUCAUGCGUGUUCAUUUCUUGGGUGUAAAAUAUCAGACCAAGAUCUCAAUCUAUAUAUGCGAGACUGCGAGUACUUUUACAUAGCGUUGGUGUGUAUCUGAAAAUGGCUUGCGAAUUGCAGGAGAAACAUUGCCUUUUCAAAAUUAAGUGAAAUUUUAAGCUUUACAUAUGAACGAAAGUAAUAAAGAACGUAAUGAACAGUCCUCUAUACUGGAACAAAAAUACAAUAUACUUGUACAAAAACUAAUUAAAACAAUUUAACGAUAAAAUUAAAAACUUUAGUAACAAAAGCUGUCAAGUGUUAAAUGUAACGUGUGCUGUUCAAGAAAUCCGAAGAUUCACAAUAUUGUUCACACAAAGUCGAGGUCACAGAUUCGACAUGGUUUCAGAGCCGUGCUUUUCAUUUGUCGUACAAUAACGAUAUGAUUAUGAUACAGCUAAUUCAAAGAAGGUUGCCCUUUGCAAACCUUAAACUCUAAACUCCAAGCGCGCAAAUCUUAAUGGGAGCACAAGUUUCAAGCUUAGUAGUUGAAUAUUGAAGCUUUUUGUGAAUGAAUUGUUCUCGUAAGGCGAUAUUUACCAUGUCUCUAAGAAAUGGGCCCCAUAUAUGAUUUCUAAACUCAUUAAAUUAUGCUCCCAUUAUGCUUCGCACGCUUAGAGUUGAAGGUUUAAGGUUUAGAGUUUUACGCCCGUAUUCUAAAAGCUCACUCACACUCAAUGAGUGGAGGUUCAAUCUGAGUUUCUCUUUAGUGUUAAUGCUGUUUUUGAAUAGCUGGAGGGCUAGUGUCAUACCUUACUCGGUGACUACUCACCCUCCAGCUAUUCAAAAACAGCAUUGACACUCAAGAGAAGCUCAGAUUGAACCUGCACUCAUUGAGUGUGAGUGAGCUUUUAGAAUACGGGCGUAAGGUUUGCAAAGGACAAGCUUUUUUGAAUUAGCUCUAUAUUACCUCCUCUGAUUCUUGAAAUUUAUAAAUAUCCCUGGAGGACAUCACACUCUGUUCAUCAGCAACCAUGACUGGCUUCAUAGCGGCACAACAAGAACAUCAUCUUGACACUACAUGGAUUUGUCAUCAACGUUUCGUAGCUGGUAAGCAUAAACUCUAUCAUUCUUACGCCAAGCUGAAAUCAAAUGGUUGAAAUUUCUUUCGAAAAUCUCCCGUCAUUUUCUUCUCUAUUUCCAUGGAAACUUUACAAGAUUUCCAGUCCACCCUCUCUUCCAUAUCCAAGACGGAAUGACUGGCCAACACUUCUCU